UGAAUUUGAAGUUGUUUUCAUAUGAAUGUCAAAGAUUCUGCAAUUAAUAAUUAUUUUAUUAUUUGUGUUAUACAAAUCCUUAAUUUAAAUCUUGUUAAAUUAUUAACUGUAACAUUUAUUUAAAAAUCUCAAUGUCACUUUUGGAAGAUGUUUUCCUUCAAGAUGAGGCGAAUGAAGCGCAGGAAUUAGAGAGAAUUAUUGAAGGUGAUGAAUUCGAAGAAAGACCACGUUCUGAUAGCGACGAUAACAGUGAAAAGGAAGAUGAAGCAGAGGAAGAUAAAAGGCGUGUUGAUCCAACAGCAACUAAAAAUAAACGAAUAAUAAAAAAUCCCAGAUUUGUUUUGAACCCGGCAAGGCUCACCGGACCAAGAGGGAUACGAGUCAUACCUGAUCAUUUCAAAGAUUUUAAAUUUAAAGGUAAAGGUCAUGAAAGAGAAGACUUAGAUUUAGUACUUAAAAAGCUAGAGCACUGGGCUUACAGAUUAUAUCCAAAAUUUCAGUUUGAAGAUUGUCUUAAGAAAAUUGAAACACUUGGAAAAAAGAGGCCUGUUAUGGUUUAUCUAAUAAAAAUAAGAUCAGAUCAAUAUUUAAGUGAGGAAACUGUAGAACAAAUUGAUACAAGCGAUGAGGAAGUAGAAAGGGACGAGUUUGAUAUGCUGUUACAAGAGCAAAUUGAGCUGACACGAUUAAAUACUCCAGGACCCGUCAAGACCAACCAAGAAAAUGGAUCGUUAAUAAUGCUGAAAGCCACAUCAUCACCAUCAAUCAGUAACGAACAGAGGGAAAGAAUGUUGAGAAACAGAAAACUAGCAGAAGAAAGGAGAUCAGCGCGCCUUAAAAAUCAAUCUGUUAUUGACAACGAUAACACACAAAGUCAUCAAGAACCUACAACUAGUAAUGUGUCUAAUAUUGAUAAACUUGAUAAUAUUAAAAUUGAUAAAAUGGUUGAACAUGACAUAAAAAUAACUAUGGUAAGACAUCAAGUGUUAGAUGGUAAAGAAAGUUCUGACGAAGAUAAAGCAUUAACAGUAAAUGAAUCGGUCAGAGCUGAUAUUCAUAAUACAGUUCAAAAUAAUAAUAAUAUUGAAGAAAACUCAACAAACAAUGCUGAAGAUGAUAAUUAUGAUGUGGAUAAAGAGAAUCAUCAAGGACAGGAAAUAUUACAAAAUAAUCGAAGAUUUGAUGAAUCUAAUGAUGAUAUUGAAGAAAACUUAACAAGUAAUGCUAAAGAUGAUAAUUAUGAUCUGGAUAAAGAGAAUCAUCAAGGACAGGAAAUAUUACAAAAUAAUCAAAGAUUUGAUGAAUCUAAUGAUGAUAUUGAAGAAAACUUAACAAGUAAUGCUAAAGAUGAUAAUUAUGAUGUGGAUAAAGAGAAUCAUCAAGGACAGGAAAUAUUACAAAAUAAUCAAAGAUUUGAUGAAUCUAAUGAUGAUAUUGAAGAAAACUUAACAAGUAAUGCUAAAGAUGAUAAUUAUGAUGUGGAUAAAGAGAAUCAUCAAGGACAGGAAAUAUUACAAAAUAAUCAAAGAUUUGAUGAAUCUAAUGAUGAUAUUGAAGAAAACUUAACAAGUAAUGCUAAAGAUGAUAAUUAUGAUGUGGAUAAAGAGAAUCAUCAAGGACAGGAAAUAUUACAAAAUAAUCAAAGAUUUGAUGAAUCUAAUGAUGAUAUUGAAGAAAACUUAACAAGUAAUGCUAAAAAUGAUAUUUGUGACAAAACUUCUGAAAUUCUAACUAUUUGUAGUAAUAAUGGAAAUAAAUCUAUUGAAAAUGAGAUAAAUGGUGCAGAAACAAUGAGUUCUAAUAUACAAGAAUCAACGAAUAAAGAUGAAGUACCAGACCAAGCGCUAGAAAUAUUUAUAUUUACGAAAUUCUAA